AUGUGCUUUAUUAUUCUCCGGAAUAAAAAGUCGAGCAACAAAACGAGAGGGUCGGACCGAUCUUCGAUCCUAUUCAACGUCCAUCUGACAGGCGGACGCAUAACGACGAGGCCACGACGGGGGCGCUGGAAAGAUAGGAGACCGCGAGACAGACGCCGAUGGAGAGUCCCUCAGGGCCGAACGAGAGGAAUUGCAGCAGACCAGGGCGGACCAAGAGGGCCUGGCAACGUCACCUAUACGGACGAGCCAACGAGAGAGGCCGGCAGGACGGGGGGGGGAGACGGCCAACGAGCGACAGAACGAGUGACCCGAUGA